CGGCUGGGGACGGCUCCUCUCCUCUCCUCUCCGCCGCUAAGGGAAAACCUAGAGACUAUCCCCAAUCCCCAAUCCCAAUCGAGGAUCCAUGGACCCCAAUCCCGACUCCAAAUCGAGGAUGGAUGACGGCCCCAGCUGGUCGCUGUCGUCGCAAGCGUCUUCCGCGACGUCCUCACGACCCGUGGACGGCGGGCCGGCGGCGCCGGCGAGGAAGAGGAAGCCGGGGACGUGGAGGAGGCUCCCGCGCACCCUGCCGCUGGAAGUGGAGCUCAGGAUGAAGCUGGGUUUCAUAACGCAUGAGGAGCUGAGGCGGCAGCACCUGGCGCGCGCCGAGGAGCUGGAGAGGAUGGACGACAGCGGGUGCGACUCCGAGGAGGCCAAGGUCGCCUUCCGGGACUUCAAGAAGGAGCAUGUCCGCUGGUACCGCAAGCUCGCCGAGGGCUGGCCGGAGAAUAUAGUCAUCAACUACGACCCCAAGCCCAGCGACACAGAGGAAGAGUACCUAACCGCUGAGGACAUAGAAGCACGCUUCGCUCAUCGUGACCCCACUUCGCUUCACCUAGAACAACUUAAACACUUUGCUAACCUUGCCUUGGCGCAUUACAAUGCCAGAAAGACCGAGCACAAGUUCGACAUUUCUCAAGCCUUGACGUCCAACUGCUUUUCCGAGGCAUGUGGGACAACAUAUGCCCAUGUUAACUUCACCGCCAAACCCCAGAAGAGUGAUGACCCUACAAAGAGGCUCUUCUUCGCUGAGCUCAUGCUCAUUCCAAAGCUCCAGCUGCAGGAAGAUGCCGAGCCUAUGCGUGUGCUGCAUGUCUCGAUUAUCGAUGAUGCUCCUUGUUUUGGCGGUUGCCAUGAGAUAUAUCGGAAUAUCAACCAUAGGAUGAGGGGCGCCAUGGAUUAUGAGCGUUGUCAUGCGUGUCACGACAUUCUGAAACAUCCAAAAGGAGAUAUGUUCAUCGGAGGGCAUGAUAGCACGAGGAUGCCCUACAUCUCUGCAACAUAGGAUGUGAAUUGGUACUAGUUUGGAGGUUGAAAUCACCAUCACGAGUGAUGACAUAAAUGCCCUAAAUUAUUGUCAUAUAUGUUGUGAACACAUUGAAAAUCAGCUCAUGUGUGAUGUUUGCAUCCUUAGAAUUUAGAGUUAAAAUUAUUGCUAUGUGAUGUGAUGACGUAAAUUAUUGGCAUGUGAUGUUUGCAUGUUUACUCAUCAGAUAUUAUUUGAAUUUCAUGUGUGAUGGAGUGAAUAA